AUGACUGGAAUGAUCUAAUUACAUAAUCCAUUGCCACAGGAGAUGGUUUUUCAGAGCCUGAGCCCCUUUGUUUCUGGAACGUACGUCACCUCGCGCCGGAGCAGCGACGUUGAGGAAUUGUCGCCGCCCGCAGCAGCCGCUGUCCCCUGGCACGGCCACAGAGUGCGCGUGGGGGGGGCCCGGUCCCCGUCGCCUCUCACACCUGAGACCUCAGAGAUUGAUCUGUGUGAAAACUUGGCGAGGCAAAUCCCGUGCGUGUCAGCUGAAACACGGCUGGUUUCAAAUAGAAACUGAUUUGCAUGGGCUGAUCAAGCUAAUUGCUACGGUGUCUGCAGGAACGCGGAGCGUCACCGGAUCCCUGCGCAGCAGGAAGGCUGAGAUCCGCCACGACGGAGCUGUGAGCGUUGCAGGAGCCACGCUGCCAUCUCCCUCGUGGGCUGUGGGUGGGGACAGAGCCCCGUGGCGGCCUGCGGAGCGGCACAGCCCGGUGACAAGUCAUGGCUCUUUCUGGUGGUUGGGUCAGGGAUGUGUGCUGCGGGCUGGAGGUGGCCUCUGGGCGCCUGGAGGCCCCUGGGGAUUGCUGUGGGUUUGGAAGCAAGGUUGUGUUUUCCAUCCUUGCGCUUGUUUCCAAGCUGGUGUAAGGAGUGGAUGUGCUGUGUGAUGGGGAGCAGGCUUUGCUGGGAAAGGGCCGUCUGCGUCCCACAGAGGACUGUGCCUGCAUCUCAUGGGCACCACAGGCACGUGCCCCACACACAGCCUGGGCCUGCCUGCAUCCCUUGGAGCCCUGCAUCCCGCUGGGGGGCCACGUGCCCCCGCGUCCCCCUGGAUGCCUGCAUCCCCCUGGGGGACCGAGCGUGUGCGCAUCCCUUGGAGUGCUCUGAGUGCCUGCAUCCCCCUGGGGGACCACGUCUUCCUGCAUCCCUUGGGGACCGUGGGCACACGUGCCACCGCAGGAGCAGCUCCGUGUCCCCGUGUUGUUCCCACCUUCAGGUGACGGGUGGGCGAGGAGGCGUGCUGCUGGUGAGCUGCGCGUGCCUCCUGUCGACAAACAGAGAGACGCCGUCUCCCGAGGCUGCGUUUCGGUGCGACGUUUGUACACACCACAACGUGGAACACGGCACACGUGGGUGGCUGUGCCUCUAAAUAUAGAGCUGGAUACCUGGGACGCACGCUGCGCUCACGAGCCCGCUCCGGGGACGGCUUCAUUGCAGGUUGUAAAGAGAUUAUGAGCAAGUCUACAGUAAGCCUCUCUGCUAGAAACGCCAGCAGCCCCAGGCGGAAAGCAUCGUGCUCAAAGCUCCCCCCGCCCCUUCCCUCUUUUAGUUCUUCUUGGUGAUGUUGCCUUUAUCUGCUCUCAGCUCAAGGGUUUUACUGAGCCUCGGAGCUCAGAAGGGCUCCCAGCAAGGGCGGGCAGGGACCUUGUGUGCUGGGAUUGUCACUGUAGUGUUGGUUGGGGUGGGUGACAGCCACCCCUCGGCUUGGUGCUGCUCACGGAAGCAUCCCCUCAGCCCCACUCCAGGAUGAGAUAUGUGAGCGGUGGCUGCUGUUUGUCCUCACACAGGGCAGGGCUGGCUCUGCAAGGAGCAGAUUCUCCUUUCAAAGGGACAGUGUUGGCACAGGUGGAGAGGUGAUCCCAUCUCAGGGGCUUCUGCGUUCAGCCUCAGGUGGCCCCACGGUGACAGGGGGACGGGGACAGUGCUCGUCCUGCAGCCCUCCCCGCCCUGCGCUGUGCUGUGCCAGAGGGAAACGACGGUGUCCUGAAGCCCUGGCAAGCCAUCAGCCAAGCAAAUUGCUCUCCGUAAAUCCCGAGUGAAAGUCCUGGGAUUCGGGAGGGCCUGAAGGAAAGCGGGUGAUUGGAUUUCCAAGCUGCUUUCUGCCACGCCGGGAGAGACAGGCUGACAGCCUCCUGAAUCUUCCCAUUCAGACCGAUUGCGCCCUGUUGAUAAUGGCAUAGAAGCGAUCCAUAACUCUCCACCCUUUAUUUAACUCCCCCCUGGACUUCAUACGCAGUCAUAAAUUGCUCCUCCCGCAAAUCCUUCUCUGGGCCAGCUCCUCCGCAGGUCCCUCGCCUCGCAUCCAGGCACACAAAAGGAGGGGAAAUGAGGAUAAGGGGGAGGAAACAGUACUGACAUACCCUCACGGUGCCUUGCGUGGGGCAGGCUGCCUUGCUCUGCACCGCUGUUGGUUUGCAGCCACGCCACAAACCAAGUUUGUACAACGUGGAGGUCGACGAGGUUAAAAUCGGCAUUAACUGCACGGCACCGUAUCUCACCCAAAGCACACACUGCACUGCUGGAGUGCCAAGGGAGUAAAGGAGAAAAGUGCUGCAAAAUUUCGUUUCGUUGCUUCUUAUCUCUGAUUAAUCCCCUUGUGUUCGUUUUUAGCCCGGUGUUGCCUGUUGGCUGUGUUCCCACAGUCGUCACAGAGAGAAAAAUGCCUCGGAGCCUUUAGCAACCCGGGGUGCUCCUGCACGGCCACCAGAUGAGGAUCACGACGGAUAGGAGCCAGCGCUGUGCUCAGAGUCACGGCAGCGGGGCUGGAAACCAACUUCUCCCUUCUGUUUUCGGAAGGGAAGAAAACUUACCCUUAAAAGCAUGCUCCAUGUUGUCUCUUUGAGCAUUUCAGGUGCUUGCACGUGGCUGGAAGACCAGGGUCUGGCCACCACUGCCUGGGGCUGGCUGCCAGCAGUGCUGCUGGUGACACGGGGCCAUCUCCCCUCUUUGCAGACGCUGCUGCCUGAGCCACCAAGAGAGGUGCCACCUCCGAGCCGACCGCCGACCGCUGCAGCCCCCGGAGCACCAAGCGCCGUGCAUCCACACCGCCUUGGACCAGCUGCCCUGCGGUGCCACCACCCAUCGCCUGCCCUUGGGCCUGGCUGCCUGCUGAAGGCUCCGGGACUCGUGCACGUGGGGCCACAUCCCUGCCACGCUCGCAUGCACCUCGGGGAGCCCACGGCAGCGGCCAGACACGCGCAGCCAUGUGAUGCCGGAGGAGUGCGGCGAUGAUAUGGAAUGUGGGCAGCUGCCUUCGGACACGCUCCGACAGGUGACGGUCCAGCGCCAUCCCCGCUACGGAUUCGGCUUCGUGGCCGGCAGCGAGAGGCCCGUGGUGGUGCGCUCAGUGGCAGCAGGCGGCCCCUCUGAGGACAAACUGCUGCCAGGAGACCAGAUUUUGGCCAUCAACGAUGAGGACGUGAGCGAAGCCCCCAGAGAGAGGUUCAUCGAGCUCGUCAGGAAGGCCAAAGACUUCAUCAUCCUCACGGUCCUGCACACCCACCAGUCCCCCAAAUCCGCUUUCAUCAGCGCAGCCAAGAAAGCAAAGCUGAGGUCCAACCCGGCGAAGGUCCGCUUUUCAGAGCAGGUGACGGUCGGCGAGACGGACCCAGACAUGUUGAAGAAAGAAGCUCUCCUCCUCAUCCCCAAUGUGCUGAAGGUUUUCCUGGAGAACGGGCAGAUCAAGUCCUUCACGUUCGAUGGACGAACCACCGUGAAGGACGUGAUGGUGACGUUGCAGGACCGCCUGUCCCUGAGGCACAUCGAGCACUUCGCCUUGGUCCUGGAGUACUCAAGCCCAGAGCAGAGCCACCGCUUCCUGCUGCUCCAGGACAAGCAGCCCCUGGCCCACGUUGUGCAGAGGACACACUACCACGGCAUGAGGUGCCUCUUCCGUGUCAGCUUCUUCCCCAAAGACCCAGUGGAACUGCUGCGCAGGGAUCCUGCGGCCUUCGAGUACCUCUACAUCCAGAGCCGCAACGACGUGAUCAGAGAGCGCUUCGGCAUGGACCCCAAGCCGGAGAUGCUGCUGGGGCUGGCUGCCCUCCACAUCUACAUCACCGUGGCGGCCACGCGGCCCAGCCAGAAGGUCUCCCUCAAGAACGUGGAGAAGGAGUGGGGUCUGGAGCCCUUCCUGCCUCCCUCCCUGCUGCAGCUCGUCAAGGAGAAGAGCCUCCGCAAAUCGCUCUCCCAGCAGCUCAAAGCCCACCAGAACCAGCCCGGCGGCACCAAGGUCUCCACUGCCCAGGCAAAGCUGCAGUACCUGAGGAUCCUGAACGAGCUGCCCACCUUCGCCGGGGUCCUCUUCAGCACCGUGGGACUGGACGAGAAGCAGCCAGCCACCACGCUGCUGGUGGGCCCCCGGCACGGCAUCAGCCAUGUCAUCGACCUGAAGACCAACCUCACCACCGUGCUGUCGGAGUUCAGCAAGGUCAGCAAGAUCCAGCUGUUCCGGGAGAACCAGGGGGUGGCCCGGGUGGAGACCAGCAUCCUGGAUGCCAAGCCGCUGGUGCUGCUGAUGGAGUGGCCCGAAGCCACCAACUUCGCCUGCCUGAUCGCAGGUUACUGCCGUCUCCUGGUGGACUCCAAGAAGAUGAUAUUCUCCAGGCCGCCCAGCCAGCCCCCGCCACCUCAGAUUAUCAAGGCAGAUUACAUGGACGCACACCACCUCCCCCGGCCUGCGGCGGCGGGGCACGCUGGAAAGAAGGAGGGCGGGUUCGUGGGGGGCCCUGCCGCCAGCCCCCCCCCCGGCAGGCCUCGGGCGGCCCGCGCCUCGGACCCGGAGCUCGUCAGCUUUUGCUACCUGCACAUGCGAGAGCAGAGGAAGGAGAGAGAGAGCAGGACGGAUAUCAACGAAAACCUGAUUUUUUUCGAGGAAACGCGUCCCAGGACCAAAUCCGACCCCACAUCCAAGAGCUCCGGCCAAGGCUACGACGGGGCGGCCAACGAGCGUGACCCCGACGGCCCGGAGCGCGAGCGGCACGCCAGCCGGGCCCGGGCCCACACCAUCGACACGCACCCGCGAGCCGACGCUGCCCACUUCUACUGCGAGUCCUGCAAGGCCAAGAUCAGGAGCCGGCUGGCCUCGCGCAAAGCUGGCGGCACCCGCGACAACAUGGUGGACCUGAUGUCGCUCCCCCCUCCCGGCAGCGACGAGGAAGAGGACGAGGCGACGGCCCUGCUCCCCGCCAUCGCUGCCCCCCCGCCCGGCUUCCGCGACAACAGCUCGGAUGAGGAUGACCCCAAGCGCCGGGCGGCCGCGCAGGGCCAGGAGCAGGGCCGGCACCUGUGCAGCAUCCUGUACGACGAGAUCCCCGUCACGCUGAUAGACAGCGUGCAGACGCGGACGGUGCGGGACCAUGCCCAAGAGCUGGACGAUGCCCUGGUGUCCACCCUGCAGGCGCUGGAAGCCCUGGCUGCUUCGGAGGAUUGUCCGCACCCCCCGCCGCAGCAGACAGCAGGUCUUAUCGUUCUGGCCGCCAUCACACCCGAGUCAUCCUUGGAUUCUGGCCACGAGACCAACUCCUCAGAGCUCACCGAUGUCUCGGAGAUGGUCUCUGCUAUGAAGCAGCACCAGAACGCAGCCUACUUCCUCGCUCAGCACAUCAACAAAGAGAACCUCCUGGCCAGAAAGGACCUGCCUUUCCGAAUCCAGAGCUGUGCUGCUCAGGCUGUUCUCACCUCGCCGUACGCCCUCACCCGCCAGGAGACGAGCCCUUCAGUGAAGCCAGCUUUCUCUCACCCAAACCCCAGCCUUACCAACUGCAGGAGCAAACAGGAGCAGCAGAACGCUGAGCAGAGUUACACCGUGGCUGCCCAACCGGUGCUGACCUCCCAGCGUAGUGAGCAGAACAGAGGGGCUCCGGUGCCAGGCUCUGAAUGCAAAGGUGCAGGCCACACAAAAGCUGCCUUUGAGGGACCUCUGCACGCCACAGCAGCACCGAGCAGAGAGCAGUCACAGGAUCUCCAAGAGAAGAUGCCCAAAGAAGUCCUGCCGAGCCCCAAACUCGUCCCGGAUCAGAAAAGUGGUGUGACUCCAGCCAUCAUUUCAGCUGCUCUGCAGCAAGUGGCCAACGCUAAAGGCUCAGCAGCAUCAAAAGAAGACAAGACUGUGAAUGGGACCGGUGGCUGCGUGUCAGCCAGCAGCAAGCCUUUGAAACUUAAAGGAGGUCAGCUAACUGCAGAGCCAUUGUGCCACUGUCAGCAGCAGCAGCAACUCUCUCAGCAGCAGCAUAGUGAAGCUUCUCCAAGUCCUAUAGAAGCUCAUGGCGGUAAGGGUGAAGCUUUCCAUCCCACCUCAGGAGGUGAAGAAACGAUGCCUGGUAAGACUUUUGCCUCUAAAAGCUACCAGCAAAAAGUGAGUAGAGAUGCCCUGGGAAAAGCAGCGAGCGGGGAGCCCGGUCAGAAGGGGGGUGGGGAAGCCAUGAAUCUCAUCUUUCAAAAACACACGGCUCCUUCAAACCAAGGAGAGAAAACGCAACAGGAAAGUUCAGCCAAAAGCUUAAAAGUUGAGAGCAGCAAUCUGCACUCUGCGUCACCUGUUGGCAUUUUCAGGAGUACCAGUGAGGAUUCCAAGGGGCCAAUCCAGCUGGUGCCCAGGUCUGAGAGCCUGCAGAUCAGCACUGUGCCUUCCAAAAAAGUAGACAAGAUCCUGGAGGCGACCCAGGCAGAUGUUGAUGUCCCAGCUAAACCCAAAGCUCCAAAAGCUCCCUUCAGGUUGAGAAACCUGUUUUCUGCUACAUUUCCUACCCGGCUGAAGAAGGAGACGGACGAGCGGCAGGCCCAGCUGCAGAAAGUGAAGCAGUAUGAACUGGAAUUCCUGGAAGAGCUGCUCAAGCCAAAGAGCAAAGGUGACCUCCCACCACAGGAGUACCUGCACCCUCCUGCCCCCGGGCGCUGCAGCUGCCAGCUAAGGAGCAGCCCUGUGCAAAAAGUCCCGGGGAUGUCCAGGGAGCAAAGGCGCAGCUGCGACUGCAAGCGGAUUUGCAGGGGGGUGAGACCACCUCCCAGCCAGCUGGUGAUGCCAGAACUGGAGAGGCAUGGGAGGGAUAAAGUCACUGACGACCAGCAGCAGGCAGAAGCAAUUAGGUUGACGAGCAUGAGCAGCCCUUCCAAAGGCAAGCGGAUACGAUCUACGAGCUUAGAGUCCAGGGACUACCGGUCAGAUCCAGAAAACGAUGUGUCGUGUUUGACAACGUGUGCUUCCCGAGGGGAAUGCAUGGGUGCUCCGCAGUACAAGAAGCUCUUGCGUCGCUACAGUGUCAGUGAAUUAGAUAAGACUGACAGGACAUCCCUGUCCUCUGACAUCUACCAGAACAUCUACCCGGCCAGGCAGAAAGGCCCUCAGAAGGAGUCUGAGCCCAGCAUCCUUUGUCCUGUUCUGAAGAGCAAAAUCCAGGAAGCCGCUGGGGUGGCUGAUCCAUCCUAUGUCCAAAUAACACAGGAGAAAAAGAACCAGAAAGGUUCGGCAGUGUUCUCUGUCCAGGAGGAGCUGUACCCAAGCCCUGCAGAGCUGCGGGAUGAAGACGUGGAGGAUGAGAAGUGCUGCUCCAUCCGGUACUGCUUCUACUACAGGAAAUGUGACGUUGCGGAUGAUGGGAGUGAGAAGGAUGAGCUGUCCUAUUCCAUCCCCAUGCAGAUACUGCCGGGAAUGAAGCUGGACAACCAGAUGGUCCCGGUCAUGAGCAGGACGCUUCAGGUCCUCGAUGCAACAGCCUGCAGCAGUCCCAACGACAGUCAAACCCAGGAAAUAGAUUUAAGGACCUCCACUUUUGAGGGGAGCUUGGCAAAGAUCAACAUCCUUCGAGGCCACGCCUACAGCUUGCCCAAUGGGUUUCUGCAAGUGCAGCUGGACACCAACGAGCUCCUGACCAUCCUGCGGCAGUGCGUGGUGAGCCCUGAUGUCCGGGACUGCAAACUCUACAUCUCCCAGCUGGCUGAGUACAAGCAAGAGCUCGCCCUCAAGUUCAAGGAGUUCCGUGCGUCCUGCCGCCGCGUGGCAGCCGUUGACAAAAGCCCGACCCACAUGCUCUCCGCCAUCACGAGCAGCUUCCAGGUGCUAAGCAGCCUCAUCGAGACCUUCGUGAGGCUGGUGUACAUCGUGCGCUCGGAGUCCCAGCGCCAAGAGCUGCUGACGAAGGUGGAGGAAGUGGUGAGAAACUACACCUUCCUCCUGCGGGCGGCGGAGGAGUCCACGGCCAGAACGCUGAGCCACCAGCAGACGGUGGAGCAGCUGGCCCGCCAGUCCGCCACGGUUGCCACCGUUAUGAGCACGCUCACGCGCUCCCUAAAGACGCUGAUCAAUAAGUAAAGCGGCUGCGAGAGCCAACAAGCCAGUGUGUGCCGGGCUGCCCGUCAGUGGUUCUUGCAUCGCGUAGGUCUGGUGAGGGUGUCUGCCUGCAGGGAAAGCCCACGCCUGCUGAGGGCUGCAGCGGAAAAGACGUUGUUUCUCUACAGAAGGGAUGGUUACGUUGGCGGGGUUUGGAAAGGGAAGUUCAUGCCUUGUUGCAGGCUGUGCAGCCGGCUUGUCAGGGGUCUCAUGCAGCUGCACUGCUUGUCCUCAGGCAUUUGGGAGGCACAGUCAUCCCAUCGCCACGCUUGUUGGGUUUUGAGUGGUUCUGGGCCUCCCUCGUGCAAAGAGCUGGCACUGUCCCCCUUUGUCACGGUGCGCGGUGACCAGCAGUGAGCAGGGACUGGGCUGACACCGCCCGGCUUCACUCGGGCAGUGGUCCGGUUGGAGCCAAACCAGUGUCUUGCCACGUAAACAGCUCUUCUGCCUCCAGGGUCUUCGUGGCCCACAGAUGCAAUGUAAUUAGCAGCAGAAGGCAUCUCCGGGAUGCAACUCCCUGCUGCUGUGCUAGGCCUUGGGAAAUCCUAGCAUGGAGAGGAUGCCACGUUCCUAGGACAGGGCUAGGUCCCCCCAGCAGGCUCUACUCCCACAGCUUAGGCACCGAUGCCCCAGUCCUGCACAUGGGCACUGCCUGUGGAAAGGCAGCAGCUCAAUGCUGUGUGAGCAGGGAGCUGUUCCCCAUCCUCUGCUGGAUGGCUGUGACCAUGCUAGGAAGCCUGCAGAAACCCGGAUCGCUCUGUGACCAGUGCGAGCCAGAAGCUGGGCUAGCAGCUGAGAGAAGACCUCUUCCAUGCCAUUCUCCAGAGCAGGUCUGUGCCUCCGAGGCUCAGCCCAGCCCCUCUCCUGCCGCUUCCUUUCACAGUGCCCAUGGGAGAGGAGCCCGGGUCGGGUUGGUCUGAGGCACGGCUUCCUCCUGAGCCAGGCAGUGCUGCUCCUGCCCUCCUCGCCGGGGGCUGGGAGCCUUCUUCUGUCUCCACUGGACUGACUGCCAUGAGGAACGUUACUUAGCACCACAUAAUGGUUAUUUAUUCAGAGUUGGGUUGGGUUUUUCAUUUGUUUGAUUUUUAUUCAUUUAUUUUUUACUUGCAGACGAAUAGUAAAAUGACUCCUAAUCACUUUCCUUCGCACCCCGGAGGCUGCCCUCCUCCUCCUCCCAGUCUAGCUUCUAGACCGAAUCAAUCGGAACGCCUUAACUGGUGCUUCAGUGCACUCACCCACCCUCCAAAACACAGCAGCCAGGAGGAGAAAAUGCAAGGUUACGCAUCACAUCGACCUCCCCGUGCCACCCAUGCACCUCAUGCACACGGGGGGUCGGGGCCACAGCGCUCCCUGUGCCCCCCCUGCACCCAUCUCAGGCUGAAGGGGAGAUCACAGCAGGAGGGGGAAGGGCUGCCAAAGCCCACAGGAUUGCCCCGUGGCUGGCAGAGCGCACGGUCAGGGAUCUCCGUAGGAUCUAUCAUUUCCCAUAUCUAUUAUUUUUAUUUUUAUUUUUUCAAUAAAUAUGCACAUUCGAAAUCUCUCGUUCUUCCAUAAGAGUUAUGGAAAUGCACAAUGUGCUUUUAACGUGAGCAUCCUCUGCCGAGUGCAAUAACGUCCCCCGGCCCACGGCUGCCCCGGGCUUUGGCCAUUGCUGUCAGCAAGGCAGAGGGGAUCCUCCUGCCUCCUGCUUUCCAGAACCAUGUAGCAAAUACACAGAGGAAGAGCCAGUUUGGAUUUCAGUCCACGGCGGGCAGAGCCUGGUGUAAUGCUGAAGGCCGACAGGGAGCUGUGGUUUUCUUUUCCCCGUGAAUUAUCUAUUACAAAACUCCAAGUUCCCUCAAGCUCCCCGUGAUGCCUCCAUAAAUCUCUCAGUCUAAUACAGAGGAAAACUUUUUUAUUGUCUGUAUAUAGUAUAUAUAAAAAUAUAUAAAUUAUAUAUAUAUAUACACAAAUUUAUGUCUUGUUUUACAAACAAGAAAGAUUAAAUAUAUUCAUCUUAAUAUCCAAA